CUAAAAUAAAUAACAAAAAAAAAAAAAUCCGGUAAUUCUGGCGAUAAGACUGAUUCGUAAUCCUCUUAUUUAGUUGUAGCAACUAUAACACUCUCACACGUACUUUCUUCUCCGCAAUUUUCGACCUUCAAAUUUUCCAUUAUUUGCCGAAUUAAUCAAACCUCUAAUCUUCCUUAAUUCUGCAAAUUUUAGAUUACAAAUUAUUAGUGAGAAAAAUUGACGAAGGUGGUGGUGAUGGAUAGGUAUACAAGAGUAGAAAAACCUAAAGCAGAAACUCCGAUUAAUGAGAAUGAAAUUAGGAUUACUACUCAAGGUCGUAUGCGUAAUUACAUUACCUAUGCCACCACUCUUCUCCAGGAGAAAGGUUCAGAUGAAGUUGCACUCAAAGCAAUGGGUAGAGCAAUCAACAAGACUGUGAUGAUUGCUGAACUAAUUAAGAGAAGGAUUGUGGGACUCCACCAGAAUACAUCCAUUGGAUCAACUGAUAUUACUGACAAUUGGGAGCCAUUAGAAGAAGGCCUUCAACCCAUUGAAACUACACGUCAUGUCUCCAUGAUCACAAUCACAUUGUCUAAGAAAGAGCUGAACAUAUCAUCUACUGGGUAUCAGCCACCUAUCCCUGAAGAUCAAGUGAGGCCAUCAAAUAAUUUUGAAAAUGAAGGAGAGGGUUCACCUGAUGUAAGAGGUAGGGGACGUGGUGGCCGAAAUAGAGGCAGGGGGAGAGGAAUGUACAAUGGACCGGGGGAUUAUGAUGGAGGUGGUUACUAUGGUGGCCGUGGAUAUGGUGGCAGAGGUCGAGGUCGUGGCAGAAGUCAGAAUUUUAGGGGGCGAGGAAGAGGUUAUUAUGCCCAAGGAUCUGGUGGGUAUUAUGACAAUGGUGAAGGGGAAGUGCCAGUUACUCGUGGACGUGGUCGUGGGCGUGGUAGAGGAUGGGCUCGUGGACGUGGUUCCAGGGCCGAAGGGCCACCUCAAAUGGCAGCUGCUUGACCUUUGCUGAGGUAUAACAUUUGGUUUGCAGUUGGAAAAACAUGAUAUUGGAUGCCUGCUCUCUUGUGUUGUGUUGGUUGCUAAUCAUGGGCAUUUUCAUCUGUUUUAAAGAUGUGGAUAGUGCUGCUGCCACCGGCAUGCAGCUGUGUUUUUGUAGGUUACAGAAUUAGGUUUAUUAUUUGUUGCUGACAGAUUUUUUUUCUCCCCCAUCUUCAAACACCCAAAGAAAGGUUGUAACAUUUUAUUUUUCUUUCUCAUAUAGUUAUAAUAAUAGAGCAGUACAUUCUUUUAUUCUUAAUACUUCAUGUUUUAAAUCUUAAUGCCCUCAAAGGGGCAUCGUUUUGGUAA